GGGGUGUGUGUGGUUACGAAGGGAGGGGUAACCUGCUAUGAUUUAGAUGCUUCCUCCUCAUCCUCAUCCCUCAUUUCAGAAGAGGAAUCAUCGUGGGCUGCUCAUCCGAUGCCCAAUUUGAAAUUGAAGAUUAACAGGAGCUCCUUCGCAUCCACAUCCAUUACGUGGGGGUUGGGGUUGGUGUUGGUGUUGGACGGUGCAGCGUCUACGCACACAGUUUCAGUCAUUCAACAGUUGCGUAGGCGUAGCAUUCUUCUCCGCCUCCUCCGCACUCACACUUCUACCACCAGCAGCACCAGCAGCAGCGAUAACCAUACCAAUUCUACUACUAGUAAUAGUGGUACACAACGACAGAAGAAAAUAAACAAGGAGAUGGUGGUGGUGGAAAACGACACCUCAAAAGACCACCACCUGAUCCCUGACAUCAUCUCCAAUCCCAUCUCCACCAAGCUCCAACAAGUCAUUCACUCCCACUCUUCCUCCUCCGGUGGUUGGGGAAAAUGUUGGGAUGAAGGGAUAAUUCCCUGGGAUUUGGGGCAGCCUACCCCAAUUAUGGUACACCUUCACCAGACCGGCGCCCUUGCCAAAGGCAGGGCUUUGGUACCCGGUUCUGGAAGUGGUCAUGAUGUGGUUGCAAUUGCAUGUUCUGAACGCUAUGUUGUUGGAGUGGACAUAUCAGAAACAGCAAUUAGGAAAGCAAUAGAGUUGUCGUCAUCAUUACCAAAUGCAGGUUAUUUUACUUUCUUAAAAGCGGACUUCUUUGCUUGGCAUCCAACUGAGUUAUUUGAUCUCAUUCUUGACUACACGUUCUUUUGUGCAAUUGAACCUGAUAUGAGAUCAGCCUGGGCAAGCCAAAUGCAAGCUCUUCUAAAACCUGGAGGAGAGCUUAUAACACUGAUGUUCCCGAUUAGUGAUCAUGUUGGUGGCCCACCAUAUAAAGUAUCAGUUGCUGAUUAUGAAGAGGUAUUGCACCCUAUGGGGUUUAGAGCAAUAUCUGUUGUGGAAAAUGAGUUGGCUGUUGGACCUCGCAGGGGAAGAGAGAAGCUUGGAAGGUGGAAGAAAGUUGCCAGCCAAUCAUCGCUGUGAAAAAGACCAUUCUACUUCUCCCAGUCGUGCAUCACUUGAAUUGCUAAAUGAAGAAGAGCCAAAAGCUCAGCUAGGCAGACGUUUUUGUUCACUUUCAAGCAUUGCACAAGCUUCUUGAUGACGUGGCCCCUAAGAAACAAUGUGCACCAAUGAACAACAAUCACUACAAACGGAACAUUAUUGACUGAACAGUUAACAAUGCAGGGACAUUUCUUCUCAGAAAACAACUACACAGCCCUCUCAAAUUACAGAUAUGAGACACUACUCCAUUACUUUGCCUUCAGUUUGUGGAGGCCCAGGCAUGUUAAAGUUGCUUAACCUGCAACACAGGAACUCUUAAGAUCUUGGGGCUUUUGCAGGUCCUGAUGCAUCAAUGUACUUGCAUUUUGACCUAGCUACCUUGGGCCUAUCCUAGUAAGAUGGAGACUAAUUUUCUGAACUAGGUACUUGUCCUAUCUUUUCUUCAUCCUUAUCCUUGAGAUAAACCAAAUAUGGAUUUCAUCAUAGGCCUCUAUAAAUUGAAGCGCUUGCUACAAUUUGACAGCAGGUAAUCUUCAGUCAUCA